GUAAUCUACCAUACCACAGACGUCUACUACAAUCAUGUUGGUUCUAUGAAAUUAACAGUGUAGGUAGAUAGAACUAGAAUAGAAAUAGUAGGUAGGUACCUACCUACCUAGUAAAAUAAAAUGAGUGAGUGAGGCGGAGAAAUUAAAUGAAUAUUGAGAUUUUAUUUCAAUUCAAUUCUGACACCUAUAUAUACGUAGGUUCUUUUUAUUUGUGAUGUGUUAAUAUAAUAUGUGUUCAGAUCAGACUAUUUAGGCUAGGUAACUACCAUAAACCAAGAGUUGAGUAGUAAUAAUAGUAGUCUUAUCCAACUAAUUUAUUGCCUAUAAGAAUUUUUCACUUAUAAAACAUCGAUUUUGUCCUAAAAUUAUACAUAAUCCAUAAAUUAUGUAAUAAUGGAUACUUCUACUGAAAACUGGGAUCCAGCACUUACUAGAUUACUAUCAUCUCUCAAAGAGGUACAGCCUGGCGGAGAAGAUGUGGCUUUCCUCAGUGAACUCCUUCAGUCCAAGCAGCUGCAUGCCUUAGUUCAGGUUCACAACAAGAUUGUUGCCAAGGGCAAGGAUGACAAGUUUUAUCCUUUGCUCUCCAAUGCAAUGCAAGUCACUCUUGAAGUGUUGGAAUUACUUGCAGAAUUGGCAUCUUCUUCUAAAGAAUAUGAAGAGUUGCUUGGCUUGUUACAAAAACCACACUUCCAGGCAAUAUUAUGUACACAUGAUGCAGUUGCACAAAAAGAUUACUAUCCACAUCUGCCUGAUAUUCCAGCUGAUGUAGAUGAGGAGGAGGAAACUGUCAAGAUAGUCCAACUGGUCAAGAGUGAUGAACCUUUGGGUGGCGCACAGAGUGCAGAACCUAUAGUGGGUGCUACUAUAAAGACGGACGAGGAGACGGGCAAGAUCGUGAUAGCUCGGGUGAUGCAUGGAGGCGCUGCCGACCGCUCCGGGCUGAUCCACGCCGGGGAUGAGGUCAUCGAGGUCAACGGAAUCAGCGUCGAAAAUAAGACUCCUGCCGAUGUGCUCGCGAUAUUGCAAAGCUCUGAAGGCACAAUCACGUUUAAAUUGGUGCCAUCUUUCGGCAAGGGAGGCUCGCGCGAAAGCAAAGUCAGGGUCCGAGCUCUGUUCAACUACACCUCUGCCGAAGACCCAUAUAUACCGUGCAAAGAAGCUGGACUCAAUUUCAAAAAGGGGGACGUUUUACAUAUCGUGUCUCAAGACGAUGCCUAUUGGUGGCAAGCUCGACGCGAAGGUGACAGAGUGAUGCGUGCUGGUCUGAUACCUUCACGGGCUCUCCAAGAAGGCAGGAUCAUACACGAACGGCAAACUGAACCGCAAACCACCGACGAUAAACCAGCUCUGUGCAGUCCAUCGACCGCGGACUCGGAAUGCGCGCCGAAGACUCCAUGCUCGCCCACUCCCACCGCCACCGCUCUGCUGCCAUGCAAAUCUGUGCCCAAAGUCAAGAAGGUCAUCUACGACAUCACAGAGAACGACGACUUCGAUCGCGAAAUGAUUCCAACAUACGAGGAGGUGGCCCGGCUUUACCCGCGCCCGGGACUGGUGCGCCCGAUCGUCCUCGUUGGCGCGCCCGGCGUCGGCAGGAACGAACUGCGCAGGCGCCUCAUAGCCACUGAUCCCGAGAAAUACGUUACGCCUGUACCUUACACGUCACGUUCGCAAAAGGCAGGCGAACAAAACGGAAAAGAAUACGUGUUUGUGUCACGCGAGCGCAUGGAGCAAGAUAUUGCUGACAGCAAGUUCAUAGAGCACGGUGAAUAUAAGGGCAACUUGUACGGAACCUCGGCAGAAAGCGUCGAGUCUAUCAUCAAUUCAGGACGAGUAUGCGUUCUAAGUCCGCACUGGCAGGCGCUGAAGAUGUUGCGCACGCCACGCCUGCGCCCGUACAUAGUGUUCGUGCGGCCGCCGCCGCUGCAGCGGCUCAUGGAAACGCGCAACGCCAGCAACGCACGCUCCAGCUUCGACAAGGAAAGUUCCCGUGCAUUCACGGAAGAAGAAUUCGCAGAUAUAAUUCGUUCAUCGAACCGCAUCAACUUCUUGUAUGGGUACAUGUUCGACGAGGAGAUCGUCAAUGAAGAACUAGCAGGAGCACUCACUCAGCUCCUCAAGGCAUCCUGGAGGGUUCAGUCGGAACCACUAUGGGUGCCAGCUUCUUGGGUUCAGUAAACAUAAGACCUAUGAUUUUAGACAGAAGAACCAUAAAAAAUGACUUCAAAAAUCGGCUUGAGAACUUUAACUUACUACUUACUUUAAUCAAGUACUCAUAAUAAAAAAGGUUAUACUGGGUUAUAGUUCGCUAGUCAUAAGCUCGGCUAUUCAUUUGUGUCGGUGAUUCCAAAUUUAGCAGUUUUCACACCUUGUCGACAAGACGUUUAGACUUGGCGAACGAUGAAGCCAUGACACAUAAAAAAACUGCUUGUCAAUCUUCUGUAAAAUCACUGUUCUUUUAAGCCGGAUCCCCAACAAAAGGUUUUCGAAAAUAUUCAACAAAAACAUACACAAAACUUCGAUGUUUUUACAUAUGCUGCGUACGACACGAUUAUAUGACAAUACCUUCCAGUAACCCGUUUAAGGUUUACCGGGCAAGGACAGCAAAAUUGACACGAGCAAAAAUGUGUAUUGAAUCGAUAUUUAUGUAGACAAUUUUGUUGAAUGUUGAUAUGUUUUAUUGAUUGUACGAGGGAAAACAUGCGCUGUGGAGCCGGCUUUACACACACAAAUGCACAGCUGAGGCUUACGGCUCUUGUUGUGAUACUUUCAAUCUCCUGUAGUGUUUCUAUCUCCUUUUAGCACUAUAAUGCAAAAAGAGAGAAAAUUUUUUUCUGGUAAUAUGAAGAAUCAGGUAGGAUUUAUGCUUUAUCAAAAAUCUCUAUUUUUAUUUUUAUUAAAUACUCUAGUCCAACUCUAUAUACUCUAGUCACAAAUUGGUAUGGAACCGGUUUAAAAACUGUACAUUACAAAAUAUGUAACGUACUGGUGGUUGUGAUUUUGGGUUUACUAAAUUUUAUUUUACUUACAAGAGUCAAGCACUUACGAGUAGCUGUGAUCAAUUAAAGUUGUAAUGAACACUAUGCUGGCAGAGCCAUUUCAAAUUAUUUUUAAAAUGGUUCCAUUUAUCUCCUAGUCAUUUUUAAUUUAUUUUUGAAGUUAUAGUUUCCAAUGUUUUUGAGAAAAUGAAAUGAAGAGUAGAUAUAGUAAAAUUAUGUACCUUGACAAUUAUCAAAUAUUUGAACACCAACUUAAGACAAUGGAACAUACAUUUAUAAAGUAUUAUAUGUAUGCGUGUAUUUAAAAAUAUAUGGAAUGUAAUAAAGACGAUUUUAUAUGUUUGAACGCAUAUAAAUAUACUCAAGUGCUAGAUCUUCGUGGAUAGACCACUUUUAUAGGGAUUUCACAAUAAACUUUUAGUCCAUGUGUAAAAAGUAUUAAAAUGAGUUACUCCAACCAACAUAUUAUAGUUAGUCCGACAACUUGGUACGUGACACUCGCAUGUCGGUAUGCGUCCGCGCUUUCGCUUCGCGUCCCCGCAAUCUCUUAAUUACAUUACAAAGUAGAGAAAGGAUAAUUGUUUAUUGAAAAAUGAAUUGUCAAGUUUUACAAAGUCGCACGAUUUCAAACAUGAUGCGACCUACUAUUUGUCACCGUAUGAACUCGACGCGAAACAUAAUGAUUAGUGAGCUUUUCAGUCGAAUAUUUAAUUUUUUAAGUCAACAUUAGACAGCCGGUAAAAUCUAAAAAUUUAUAAUAUAUAUAUAUAAAUGUAAAAAUAUAUUUCUAAACGUUUUAUUUUAUAGUGCAAAAUACAUUUUUGAUGUUCAUAAAACCAUGAACACCUAUUAUUAUUUGCUAUUAUGCUAUUAUUUUCAAUGAGAUCAUUUAUGCACGAAUUUUGUAAUGAAAUUUCGGCUGCUUUACAUCUCCAGUCGCCAUCGCAUCAUGGGACUGUCACGUUUAUCAGACUAGGUAUAUAUUCAUAAAUGCUGGUAUUUAAUUACUAAAAGCUUAAUAUACUCGUAUCUAAGAAAAUCACGUUCGUUCACGGCGUAAUUAUUAAGUUGAUAGUGUAUAUAGAUAUUGCAUUUACCUCCGUAUAUAUUUUCUAGUAUAAUUAUUACAUUUAUUUGCAAUACUGCCAAUAUGUUCAAAUAAGUAUAAGCUAAUUGAUUCUAUACAUGUAAAAACCAAGUAUCGAGAACUGUACUGUAUUAUGGGUGGAUGAGUCGUUUGUUCGGUACAAAUAGUGCCUCCCAACACAACAAUUUUAUUGUGUGAUAAACAAUCUGAAACGUGUAUUUAUCAUAGUUAUAAUGGAAGGUAAAAUUCAAAUAUUUAAUGGAUGUUAUUGCAUGUGAUACUACUCCCGCGAAAAUUUUUAGUUAAUAUGAACUAUCACGUAUGCUUGAAUAUGUGUGAUGUUGUUUUUUCAAAUUUAUUGAUGUUGUAGAAUUUAAAGUUUUGACAAAAUUAAUGUAAAUUCGUGUAAAAUUGACACUGUGAACGUAACACGUGCUACGCGUUUUUACAAAGAACUCAAAUACCAUGUAACACGCCUCUUGUAGAAUUGCUUAGAUGAAUGUUAUGAACACCGUCGCACCGAGUGGUAAAAUUAUCUGCGGAUACAUUACAAUCUAAUUAUGAACACCUACUUAUGCAACAUUAGAUCACUCACACGCCAAAUUUUACACUAGCAGCUAGUGUAAAAUUUGUUGUGCGAAUGACCGUAUCUGAUGUUUGCCGAGCAGUUAGGCCGAUAAGCACUGAAUCUGAAAAUGCCAUUCACAUAUAAUGAGGUCAUGCGUUUAUGCUUUUUAGUGAAUAUAUACUACAUAAGCAACACGCAAAACGCAAUCUGGGUUGCGUUAAGAAUUCACUUGUGUGCAGCAGAUAUUCUGUGCACAGCGGCAUUAUCGAUUAAGAGCUUGUUUCAUCACUUUGUUAAAAUAUUAUAUUGUAAUUGGACAUAUCAACUAACUGCUAUAUAAAUCCGCCUGUAUUUAUUUGCCAGUAAGCAUAGGGCUUACUUACCGACACUUGUUAAAUACAAUUUUAUGGCUAUCUGCUCGAUACGUUACAGCCUAUAUGUAAUCUGAUACUGAUACUUUAUCAGCAACCGAGGAAACACGCCCUAAAUAUCUCAUAUAUAUAAUAUAUUAUCUCGUAUAUAAUAUUUACUAAUGUAAAGGAUGGUAGCAAAAUGGCUUACUGUCCUUGGCUUAGCUCUGAAAGCUAAAUUCGUACGCAAGUUUAUAUUGAGAGACUUCAAUACUACAUACGAAAUAAUCGUGACUUCGAUAUGUUAUACUCGAUAAAUAAUGGCUUUACCUACAAUAUUAAAUAAUAACAAUGCAAAGGCAACAGUAGUGCCACUCUGUCGCCUUUUCUUCUUUUCGUACUUUUGAAGUCCAAUAAUGUUUUUUUUUUAUUAAUCAGAUCUCCUAAAAGCUAUUCUCGUUCUGUACAAAUUAUGAUGGAAAAGAGAUAACUGAAAAUUUACAACGUUAAUGUAGGUUUGAAUACAGAUAUUAUAUUUGCCAUUGUGACCUGAAUAGCAUAGCUUUAGUAUAAGUAACGUUUUAAUUUUAUAAAAAUUGUAGAACAAUAACAUUAGGCACAAAAUGUAUCAACAGUACACUGGCAUGUCAGUACUAAUUCGGUUUAUACUAUUUUUACUUGAUCUUUUAGUUUGCGUUUUAUCAGCAGAAAUCAGCUUUAUAGACAUGGCACGUGAUUUUGAAAUGGGAUUGGGUAGUAAACAAGCUGAAAUUUUUGUCAAUGUAGCAUUUUAAAUCUUCUGUAUGGUUAUUAGUACAAAAAAAUUGUUGGCUUGCACAGAAACUUGUUGACCCACCGAGCGAAGCGAGCGAGGUACAUCUACUUGGGACAAACAUACAUUUUUUUGUAUGUUUGUAACGCGAUAAUUUUCGAACCGUUGUUGAUCCGAUUUUGAUAAAAUGUAAGGUUUGUAGGAUAUGUCCAUAGAAUUUUUAAGUUCGUGGGACAUCAAUAUCGGUUCAGUCGAUUUUGAAAUAUUCAAAAAUUUAUAAAAAAAUAUUGUGUUCGCGAGGUCUAAGUUGGCGGCGAACAACUUGUAUAAUAAAUUCUCAAUCUCUUUUCAAAAUACACUUUUAGUAUGGAUUGAUCUUUAAUAAUAUCAAUAGUGUUUUAAUAUAAUAACUAUUUAGUAAAUUACCUUUCGAUUAGCUGUAGUUAAUGUUUCAAAUAUUUUAUGUAAAAUUUAAAUCGUCAUCAAAUUUGUUAUUUUGUGACGUAUAGUGUAAUUAUAGUAGUAUUACAGUAGUUUAUAGAUCCAAUUAAAGACACUAUACAGAAGUCUGAAUAUAUACAAUAGGACAGACGGGUCCCGUGUAAAUAUUUAUAUGUUUUAAUAAAGUUAGAUUUGAAAUAUACACACAUGAAUUUAACCCUAUCCUAACCUAUAGCUUCUAAAGCAGAUAAUGUAAUGCUAUAAUGCUCACUUAUCUAUUUAGCAAAGUACUGUAACUAAAUUACUUGUGGUUUAUAUACUCGACUCAAUAAAUAAUUAAUAAUAUAUUCGCAUUGUCAAUAUUCAAUGUUACAUGAAAAAAUAUAUAAAAUAAUAAUGUUAUCAAAAUUAUAUUUACUGCAGUAAUAGGUACUUUCCGUGUAUCUCUUGGGCCUAAGUUUAUAGUACAAAACUCAAAUAUUCAAUAGGUAUAUUUUUUCUGCUUAUUAUACAUGUUUUCUUUACAUAAUCUACUUACCCAUAUUUAUUGUUGGGAUCUCAAAAUAUUUUCAAAUAACACGUGCGGUGUCGAAUAGACUUUAGGUACAGUGGAGUGUUAAAACAAGUCAUUAUACUAGAGCCGUUAUAUCGGUUCGAAUCACCGGCACCAACAACAUCGGCGAGUAUUUCACUAUUCAUCGAUAUGCCGACGAUUUAUUAUCAUGGCAGAAUCGCUUCAAGACUUAGGCAAUAUGCUUACCUAGCCUCCCCGAAGGUGGGAAAAGAAUUCUGGAUUAGAUGGUUCAGUUUUCUUAAGGCAUGUUUCAUGUACAAUAUGUACUGGUAUGGUAUCUAUUGGUAUACAACGUGCCUAAAUAUCGAUUUCCAGCUUCAAGAUAGAGGUCUGUUGAGGAACGCGACUUGUAUGUGCAGCGUUCAAUAACCUACGCCGUAUUGUCUUGUUGGAAAUGCCUCAGUGCCUCGUCUUUUCAAUCUAUUUUAAGAGUGACUAAAUGAUCUAUUGCUCUGUAGCUUGGUCCCGUUAUGGGGAUUACCUAUAGGCCAAGCUACAGAGAUGAUCGCGUGUUCAAUUCAGAAAUUGGCAAUAGAACGAAUGCCUUUGCCCAGGGGAUUAGCUCGCUAUAGAGACAAUGGGUGGACGUCGAACCUAUGACCAUAGUUAUGACUGGCGAACGCAGCGUAGAACACACACUAACUAGGAGCGAGUUGCCUAGUCUAGUAACUAGAGAGUCUAACGAUAUCGCGAUACUUGAGAAACGCCGGACACAGCAGGCCGCUUUUAAUCAGUACAUGUGAAAAUCUUAGGGAGAGGCCUAUCUAUGUCCAGCAAGAUUUAAGGCUGUGACGAUGAUGGGUGGUCAUAUAAAAAAUGACAUAACGUUACUAUAACAAGUGUAUUAGAGAAUAAAAUAGUAAAAUAUUUUACAAUUCUUUGAUUGUUUAAUUUUAUGUUGCCAAUCUAUGCUAUCGGUUGUAUAGCCCGUACAACGCUAGUGAAUUCCUUCCUAGCAAUUUCCUUUACAUCAUCGACCCAUCUAGCUGCCGGAUGUCCUACGCUUGUUAAAAAAUGUAUCUAAAGUUUUUAUUUAAAAUGAAAUGUGUAACUAUGUAUUAUCAGUGAAUAAAUAAAAAAUAGCAAUCGUCUUUACCGUAAUACAUUGUAAGCAAUAUUUGUGUAGUUAGCUCUCGGCGUUCCCAAGUCCAGGCAAGAAUAACUGUUACUUUGUUUUGUAAUAUAACAUGUUUGCAAAACGACGUACGCAAUAUAAAUAUAUUAUUUUAAAAUAUUGUUUGAUAAUUUUAGCCCAAAACGUUUAAACUGUGACUAAUGCCUAUUGUCCCAUCAUGAAUUUAAUUUCAUUUGUUAUUUGUAUAUUAUUUUUGACGUUCUUAUACAAACAGAAAUUGAGGACAAAAACAAAUAAAAAAUGUCAACACUAUCGUUCAUUCUACCUAAAUGUACUUUUGACAGUAAACUGGUACUGUUGCUCUUGUCUGCCUUGGUUUUCAACUGCUGAAUUAAUUAGUGCAAUAGCCCAAGAUCAAUGAAUAUGCUUUCUAUAGUUUUGCUGCAAAAAAUUAUGAUAAAAGUUAAUUUUAAGAGUGUUACUUAUUUCUUUCUAAGACCUGAUGUGUACCAAAGUACCUUGUGAAAAAGUGACAGACUAAAGCGUUAGAUACCUAAUGCUCUUUGGUAGACGGCAGAUCUUAUGUGAUUUACGUGUUAAGUAAUGAUUUAGAUCACUUCAACAUUAUAGAAAAAUGUAUUCUUAAUUGUUUUGGCUUUGUUGAUGUGACUUAACGUAAGUAAUUAAUGUUUAUGAUAAACAAAUUGGCGAAAUGAAUUAUGUACAUGUAUGUAUGUUUCAUCAAUAAUGUAUUUUUGGUGCAUAGAUAUAGCACCGGAACCACGGUCGCGAUUCAAAUAUGGGCUGUUUAAGAAAUUAUUCCAAAAUAAAA